CUCCUCUCUCGCUUCCGUCGAGGGCACCGACCUCGUAUUGCACAUACCUACCACCCUCGGCCUCUGCCCCUCGUGAAAGACGUCGGUGCAAUGCUACUCUGGAGGUUGAGCAACUCGCCUCGUUCCCCCCUGUGACGGCCUACGAUGAUGGAGGGCCAACAACUGCGACCACCGCUACCUUCGCCGCUCUGGCUGCUGGCGCUGCUGCUGCUGUUGCUGUCGGAGCUCUUGUCACUUACCGAGGCCGCCUCAACUCCCGUAGCGACGAAUCCGAUAGUGAGGACCGAGACGAUCACCUCGACGGCGUCGUCCGUUCUGACGGUUGGGACAACAAGCAGCACCACAACCCCCCUCAGCUGCACCGAUGGGUCCUGUAUCGCCAUAUCUAUAGUCGAGAUUCCCAUUCUCUCUACAAGCAUUUCGAUAGGUAGCUCCGUGGUAACAACCACAGUUGGAUACUCGACGAUAUACAGCAGUGCUGCGGAUGAGGCGUCAAGUGCCCCUCCAAGCGCAUCCGCAGACGCAACGAGCACCAGCUCAGGCAAUGCCGCAGCAGCGACGAGCGGGCUCUCCCAAACCGUCUUCACCUCGACGCCUUCGUCCGGGAGCCCGACGGUGAUAACGACGCAGGUGGCAGGCAGUGCGCCGUCGAACGCCAACGCGAGCGGCACCGCGUCUGCGCCGCACGACUCCGACGACGCGUCGUACGGCAGUGCCGGGCUCGCCAAGCGGUACGUGAUUGUGACGGCGGUGCUCGCCGCCGUCAUCGCGCUCGCCAUCCUCGGCCUAGGCAUCUUCUUCCUCUUGCGCCGCGCCAGGCGACGGCGCGCUGCAGAGCUGACCCGGUCCGUCGUGCGAGGCCGCUACGAGCUCGAGGGCGACUCGGAGGAACCCAAGAUCGCGGAGCUGGUUUCGCCCACUGCGACGGCGGCGGUCGACGCAGCUCCGGUCUCUGAAGAGGGGUACAGAGGCACGGCGGGGACGGGCUGGAGUCGGCAGGGUCUGCCCAGCGAGCUGCCCGGGUAUCACGCUGCGCAUGAGCUACAGGGAAACGAGCGGUACGAAUUGAAAGCGUAGUAGUUCACGUUGGCGCCCUUGUCUUCUCGGGCCCCAUUUAGGCCACGCCGCGUGGUUGUGAUGGAGAUGACAGGACCUGUGUAAUGAAUUAACGACGUGGCGCUAUGUACUGAUACCAGGGUGAACUCUUCACGUCUCGUGUUUGGAAUGGCGAGCCGGACAUUGGGUUAAGGAACCGCGGGAGGGCGCAAAUGUAGAUUAGAUCAUGGUAUAAUUACCUUGCAACAAGGGCAGAAUACGGACUUGUAAUAAGAAAUAGC